AUGUCAGUAAAAAAAAGGGAGCUCAAAGAUUUUUAAUUGUAUACUGUCCAACGAUGGCCGAAAUACAAUACUUUUAUACUUAAGAAUCAUAUUAAGAAUAUUGCAGUGAAUAAAAGGUCAGUCCUUUUAGGAAAGUGAGGCUAUCUUGUGGGUCGCCAAUAGUCGGGCGGGGGAGAAGGAAAACUCCCUAGGGCAGGGUCUGUUCAUAUUCCAGGUUCCCAAGGCUAGGUCUUGAUAGCCUGGAGUAUGAACAAAACUAUUGCCCCAAACAAACCCCCUAAACUCACAGUGGAACAGCUAUGCUGGUGAACUUGCUUGACGGGGUGGAGUCAAGCUUAAUAGCGAACUCCGUACCAGGUCUGGCAAACCUACGGUUUCAAUUUGUCCUUCACGGUUUAUUAAAACUUACUUUUUUUAUGGAUUUAAAUACACUAAACUCUAUGGACUGCACACCUUUAAAUGUGCAAAAUAUGGCUUUACAAAGCCAAAACUCAUCACUGGCCGAGGGGGCACAUGGUACCUUCGUUAGUGAACAAAUAGACCACGACUUGUUGGAGGGGGCACCUGGUCCUCUACCCGACAGGCCGGAAGAGAUGAACAUUCCACUUAGCCAGAAGUCGGCUGGAAUGUCCAUUACCUCGGAACAGGAGAGAGAUCUUCUUGAGCCUGGUCCAACCAAAAAGACUCAAAUAAGAGUGAAGCUAUUCCUCUCUGGACGCAAAAGGUUGAAGGCUUUACUUGCCAAGGGCAUUCUGCUGGAAACAGCAAGGUCCUUGGCAGUAAAGCCGCCCACCGCAAGUAACGAAGGAUAGGCAAUACUAAAACGAUCCCGAUCGGACAGCUCUACACCAACAUCGAGCUCCAAACCGACAAAGCGGAUUGCAUUACAGGGCAAAAAAGUUGAUAACAAAACAAAAGUGCCUGCAACUGGUUUGUCGAUUUUCAGCAGGAUGAAGGAAGUAGAGACCUUACACGGGGCAAACCUGAUCCCAGUAAUGAGGUGGCAACGGUAUCUGUGGGGCAGGCUAAACAGAGCGUUUCUUCCGAAGACUUCUGUUCAAAGCCUACUCUAGCAGAGACUGUUCGCUCUAAGAAGAUCGGUAUACUACCGCACAAUUUCCCAGAGGGCAUUUGGUUCAAUAAGGAAAUUGAUAAGGUGCAGAAAUGCAUCCUCGAGAAGAUGUACGAAACUUGUAAACUGCUUCAUUCCAAGUCCAUCAGAAUAACUUGAACUGAACGAACAUCGUAAUGCUCGAGCACUUUGACGCACCACUAACUAAUGAUAUCGAAUCUAUUAAGGCUAUAUAAAAUGUACUUUAAGUUUAAUUUAAUUUAAAAUUCAACAACAUGUAACUAGUAAUUAAAAGUACAUACGUUUGAACUAAAACUAACUUGAAAGAUUACAAAGAGUCUAUACUUCAUACAAAUACCUAACUACUCGUAUCAAGUAAAGGAAAUACAUAUUAUUAAUAAGUAUUGUA